UGGUCCACCAACGACAUGAAAGGAAUAGAUCCGAACGUCACCACCCAUAAGCUAAAAGUUGACCCUACUUUCAAACCGAUCAAACAGAAGCGUCGUAAGCUAGGUCUCGAAAAGGCUCAAGCUGUUAACGACGAAGUUGACCGACUUACGAAAGCUGGGUCCAUUCGAGAGGUACAUUACCCCGACUGGUUAGCUAACCCAGUAGUGGUAAAGAAGAAAAACGGGAAGUGGAGAAUCUGUGUAGAUUUCACAGACCUAAACAAAGCUUGCCCUAAAGACAGCUUCCCGUUACCUCACAUCGACCGCCUAGUUGAAGCAACAGCUGGCCAUCGACUCCUAUCCUUCAUGGAUGCCUUCUCAGGAUAUAACCAAAUCAUGAUGGAUCCUGAGGACCAGGAGAAAACUGCAUUCAUAACCGAACGAGGAACCUAUUGUUAUAAGGUUAUGCCAUUCGGAUUAAAGAACGCAGGAGCUACCUAUCAAAGGCUAGUAAAUAAGAUGUUUGCUGGACAACUUGGAAAAACCAUGGAGGUCUAUAUCGACGACAUGCUAGUCAAAUCCUCAGCCGGGGAAGAUCAUAUCUCCCAUUUAAGGGAAUGCUUCGAUAUCCUGAACAAGUACGAUAUGAAGCUCAAUCCCACUAAAUGUACUUUCGGGGUACCCUCAGGCGAGUUCCUAGGCUAUCUCGUAACCGAAAGAGGCAUUGAAGCCAACCCGCAGCAGAUAGCAACCUUCCUAGAAAUGCCGUCACCUAAGACGACCAGGGAGGUGCAGAGACUGACUGGACGAAUCGCGGCGUUGAAUCGAUUCAUAUCCAAGUCUACCGAUAAAUGUCUCCCAUUUUACAAGCUUCUAAGAAAUAAUAAGAAGUUCUUAUGGGACGAGAAAUGUGAGGAAGCCUUCAAGCAAUUGAAAGCUUACCUCUCCGAACCUCCGAUCCUAUCUAAACCAGUAGUAGGAGAGCCAUUGUACCUAUAUCUCGCUGUAUCAACUGCUGCAGUCAGCGGCGUUCUAGUACGAGAGGAACAAAACGAACAAAGACCUGUCUAUUACACCAGUAAAAGUUUGAUAGAUGCCGAAACCAGGUACCCUGCGAUGGAAAAACUAGCUCUAGCAGUCGUAACAGCUGCCAGAAAAUUGCGACCUUACUUCCAAUCGCAUUCGAUCGUUGUAAUGACCUCACAACCAUUACGAAUGAUCUUGCACAGCCCCAGCCAGUCAGGGCGAUUGGCUAAAUGGGCCAUAGAACUCAGCGAAUAUGAUAUUGAGUAUAGACCUCGAGCAGCAGCGAAAGCUCAGGUCCUCGCUGACUUUAUCAUUGAAUUGACAUCCGAGCAGUUAGACUCCGAAAUGGAAUCUCCGAAGUGGAGCCUAUACGUCGACGGAGCCUCAUCAAAACAGGGCUCCGGUAUCGGUCUAAGGCUAACUUCUUCAGCAGGAGAAACCAUCGAGCAGUCAUAUAGGCUCGGAUUCAGCGCCUCAAACAACGAAGCUGAAUAUGAAGCACUAAUCGCAGGGUUGAAGCUCGCCCUAAGCCUCGGAAUCCGAGAGCUAAACGCUUAUAGUGAUUCACAGCUAGUAGCUAGCCAGUUUCACGGAGAAUAUGAAACGAGGGACGAAAGAAUGGGGGCAUAUCUCGAAGUCGUCCAGAACCUCACUAGGCAGUUCGACAAAUUCGAGCUAACGAGAAUCCCACGAGGUGAGAACUCCUCAGCAGAUGCAUUGGCUGCUUUAGCUUCCACAUCAGACCCCCUCGUAAAACGAAUCAUACCCGUAGAAGGAAUCGAGAAACCAAGCAUCGACAUAGCUACUAAAGCUGAAAAAGAGAGCAAACUAAAAGCGCAGCCCGAAGGUACCUGCCCUGAAGCGGUAGCUACCCAGGUUUUCACAACAUUUUGGUUUCCAAAAACCAGAAUAUGCAGCGCAAAAAAGCAUACCUCCGGGAACAUAAUCCAAGUCACGGAAGAUAUUCCUCGAAAUUCAGACUCCUUAGAGCCUGAUCUCGAGAAUACCCCCGGGGGCACCAACUCAGACCCAGUCAUCUGCAGAGUUAAAACCAGAAGCCGUACAGCUCUCCAAAAUUCAUCUGGAGGUAUUCCUCGGAAUUCAGACUCCCUGGAGCCCAACAAGGAAGAGGCUGUUGAGCCCGUUCCUCCUGCCAAGAAGGAGAUUGUUCUAGGGUUGCGAGCAGCAAGUGCUGUCCCGAUCUCUCGGUCUCGGAAGAGGAAGUGUGUGGCACUUAUCGAGGGAGGUCCUCCGCUGCCGGAGGGAUUGCGUAUUGCACCCGUUCUCCGCGGAAAUUUCAUACCUCUGAUCGACGGGAUGAUUGGGGAUUGCAGUACCGAGGCUGCUCGUCUUGCCAGGGAGCUCGGAGAAGCGCACGGCCAAUUAUCCGAAGUCCAAAGUACAAUGACGGCGCUGACGGAUUCCUGCACCGCUAAGGUGUCUAGGCUUGAGGGGCAGGUCGGCGAGCUUGAGAGAGAUCUUGGGAAAACUGCGAGUGCUUUGAUCAAGGAGAAGAAAACCAGGAAGGCAAAGGCUUCGGAGGUUCGUCGACUCCAGCACCAGAUCGAGGCUAGCGAGGGCUUGAUGCGUCGCAGUGCGGAUGAUGCCAUGAGUGCUUUGUGUGCCGGGUUCCAGUCCCGUUUGGCGGGUUUCGCCGAGAUCCUGAACUCUUUAGAGCUUGCUUACCGCAGGGAUCUGAUCUCAGCGAACAUUGAUGGUGGGAUGGCGUUUAUUCAUGCGCUUAAAGAUGAUCCCUCUUCGUCCCUUCAGCCUGAGGAGGAUAGCAUAUCGGCCCGCAUGUCCGAGUUGGGGUCCUUGGACAGAACUUUCGAGCUGCUGCUGUCUGAUCUGCGAUCUGAGUGCGUUCCGGAACGAUUUGCGGAGGAUGCCGAGAAGCCCGGUUCGGCGACCGGAGAAGAUGGUGACGAAGCGGCUGCGAGCGAGGUAGGUGAAGGGGACGUCUAG